AUGAAACCUUUCAUUCUAUUAGCACUUUGCUGUAGUUUUUUCUCUAGCACAGCCACCCCUCUUUCGUUUGAGUUUUCGGACUGUGAUGACCCUGAUGUCUUUAAAGCUGUCGAUACAGCACUGAAGAAAUACAAUGGAGACCAAGCAACUGGUAAUCAGUUUGCUCUAUACAUGGUGAUGGAAGCCAAGAGAACUGCAGGUCCUAACACACAAUUCUAUGUGAAAUAUCGAAUACUAGAAACCACUUGUGCCACUGAGGAAAACAAACUCUGGCAAGACUGUGAUUACAAAGUACCUGCAGAGGCUAAAACAGGAGAAUGCACAGCUCGAGUUCACUUGAAUACUGAUGAAAAAACAAGUAAUGUUUCACAAGAUUGCAAAAUUUUUCCAGCUGCAGUAAAGAUACCACUUGCUGAGGCUGCAUGUCUUGGAUGUUUUCAUCCUAUAUCAACUGACAGUUCAGAAGUGUCAGAAAUUCUGAAACAAGCCAUUGAAAAGUUUAACAGGCACAGUGCUGAAUCCGCCCUUUUUAAGCUUGUGGAAAUAAAAGAAGCUCAAAGACAGGUGGUAGCUGGAUGGAAUUACAUAAUUAAAUAUGAAAUUGAGGAGACUAAUUGCUCCAAAGACCAAUUUCAAGAUUUAACUCCAGAGUGCAAACCCACUUCGAGAGGUCGUGUAGGUAAAUGCGAUGCCAAAGCAUAUAAAAAUCUUCAGGCACAGAUCAUAGAUACUGCAAGCCAAUGCAAGUUUCCAGUUGAAGAACCAGUAAUUCCUGGCAUUUAUAGUGGUUGCCCAAAGACUAUCCCAAAAGACAGUCCAGAACUGAAGGAACUACUGAAGCUUUCUAUGGAAAAGUUUAAUUCCGACAGCAAUGAUGAAUUCUACUAUAAAGGUGGAGAAAUAGAAGCAGCGACGGUUCAGGUGGUUGCAGGACAAAAAUACCAUUUAAUAUUUGCAGUCCAGAAGACAAACUGCUCAAAGAAAGAGUUUGAAAAACUUCAUGAAGACUGUGAAACCAUGCCAGACAGUGUACCAUUGCCAUGUGAAGCACAAAUUCACGUGAUCGCAGGGGAGGAUAAAAUCUCUCCCCAGGUUAACUGCUCUAAAGAACGGUCACUGACCCUACUUCUAAGAAGGCCUCCUGGAUUCACACCUUUCCGAAGCUUUGCUAUACAAGAGGAGCCAAAAGAAAUUUCAUGCUCCAAUAUAAAUGAAGAAGAAAGGCAAAAACCUGAGAAAGAAAUGAGAGAAGGUGGUGGACAGGAACCAGAAGGUGAAGGUGAACCUGAGCUUAAAUAGAGGCAUAAACAUGGGCAUAAACACAGGCAUGAAUAUAAAAAGGAUCAUGAGCCUGACAAAAGGCAUAGUCGUGAAAUUGGUUGUGGGCACAGGACUAGCCAUGGGUGUGGGCAUAAAAACCACAGGAAACAAGGUAAACAUAAACAUCCAAACCCCAAAUCUUCUGAGGAGUCCAAUGAAAGGGGUUUUAAUCAAAAUGAAACCCUCCCAUCAUCCAGUGCUGAAACAGCACCAGAGCUAAUUAAUCCUGGGGUUGCAAGAAAGGAAACCAGUAUACCUGCAGAAUCACUAAUUCUUCGUGACACUUCUUUAUUUAAAGGGUUGUCAGAUCGCCCAGAAUCUCCUCUCCCCAGAUGUCCUGGAAAACCAUGGAAACAAAUUAUGGACCUUCCAGCUCCUUCCAGCUUUACCAGAGAAUUCAGAAAUGAGGAUCUCUUGCCUUCUGCCACAGAAGACAUCAAUCCAGCAACAGAAAAUUCAACACCUCCCCAAAACAAAGACCUUGAUCUCUUAGAUGCUUUACAAUAA